UUUACUUCUUAACCAUACAAUGAGAUAAUUUUCAACCUAAUAAUAUAUACUUUCUCAUAAACCCUCAUUUUGUUACAAUCAAGAUCAACAUCCCUUCAUAUUUAUGAUUAUGGCACCUCAUGGAGAAUCUUUGCUAUCAACUUCAUUAAUCUCAAGGAGCAACAACAAAUCAACAAAGCUCUCAAAUUCCGACCACCUUCAAAGAACGAUUUCGGACAUUUCCUUCGAAUUGACAAAAGAAAUUGAUAAUUUAAACCUACCAUCGAUAUCCGAAGUUGAAGAUGCAAAGUGUGAGUGUUGUGGUAUGUCCGAGGAGUGUACACCCGAGUACAUAGAACGAAUUCGCAACAAAUUCGAAGGGAAGUUUGUGUGCGGAUUGUGUUCUGAGGCGGUGAAGGAAGAGUUGGUUAAAAAUGGUGGGGAAAAAUUGGAUGAAGCUUUAAGUACACAUAUGAAUGCUUGUGCUAGGUUUAACAAAUAUGGUAGGGCUUUUCCUGUUUUGUUUCAAGCUCAAGCUAUGAAAGAGAUGCUAAAAAAGAGUAACUUAGAUAGGGCUAAGUCAAUUAGUCCAAGGGACAAGAGAGGAGGAGGAGGGCUAGCUCGUAGUUCAAGUUGUAUUCCAGCACUUACAAGAGAGAUCAACAAUAUCAAAAUAGCAAAUUAAAAUUAUCUCUAUUUUAAGAAAAGUCUUCUCCAAAUUAAAACUUUACUUGCACCCCCCCUCCCCCAACACUCACCCCCAUCAUCCAAAUCCCAUGUAAGAGCAAGAGAUCUUUACUAGUUAAUUAUAAUGUUACUACAAAGCUAGUUUUUUUUUUUUUUUUUUCCAUAGGCCUUGUUACAAACUAUAGUUGCCUUGAGGUUUUUUUAGGGUAUAUAUUAUUAACCCUUUCACUUCUCAAGGUUGCUUUGUUUUUUGGUCUGUAGUUUUACUUUUAUAACUCUAUGAAAUGUGAUGUAGAUCUACGUUAUGGAAUAAAAUAAAAUUAAACUGGUGUGGA